GGAUGAGAAAUCUGGGGGCUAAGUUAGAAUGGACAGUUGAUGCUGAAAAAGCUUUCAUCGAUCUCAAGGCUGCGCUGGCUAGAGCCACCUCCCUAGCAAUACCAGACUAUCAAACUCCUUUCUUCUUGGAUGUUUCUGAAAGGCCGCAUGCUAUGCAUGGCGUUCUUUUUCAGAAAAAAGGGGGUAGUAGAGAGGUGCUAACACAUGUGAGCGUUAUUCUGGAUCCCAUUGAAGCUAGACAAACAGCGUGUAGCCGUUAUGCGGCAGGGUUAGCAAAAAUACUACAAAAAACUGCACACAUUGUGAUGUGUCAUCCACUCACAGUUUUGACAACACAUGGUAUUAUGGCAUUCAUCACAUCCACGGCCUUUACCUUAUCUCCAGUCAGAAGGAAUAGGAUAGAGAAAUUGUUAUCUCAGCCACACAUAACCUAUACACAUGAGGGUGUAAACAUGGCAGAUGCAGUGGGAGAUGGUGAAUUACACAUGUGUGAGGAGAAAGCUGCACAGGAGUUGAAGGUAAGAGUAGACCUACGUGCAAAUCCACUGGAAGAAGCAGAUGAGAUACUCUUUACUGAUGGAUGCUGUUUCAGACAUCCAGAUGAAGGACUGAAGGCAGCAAUGGCUGUAGUUAAACAUGAUCAGGGAGAGUUCAAGGAAGUGAUAAAGGAGAAGUUGACUGGUCAGUUGUCAGCACAACGAGCUGAACUUUUGGCAGUGAUAGCUGCAGCUGAGUAUGGAAAGGGUAAGAGAGUUACGAUAUAUACGGACUCAGCUUAUGUGUCGAAUGCAGUACAUCAUGAACUAGCAGCUUGGCUCAGAGCAGGGUUUUUGACAGCAUCAGGAACUCCUAUCAAGCAUGAAAAGGAAAUGAAACUCCUGGCAGAAGCACUGUUAAAACCAGCAGAGAUAGCAGUGGUAAAGUGUAAGGGACAUCAAACUGGGAACACGCUGGAAGCACGAGGGAAUCAAAUGGCAGAUAAGGCAGCAAAAGAAGAGGCAGGAUACAGUGGACAGUUUCUGGUGAAGUUAGCAAAGAUGUGUGCUGACACAAAAUUGACAUGGGUAGAUGCACUGCCCAUGGCCCUGAUGGCUAUCAGGAGCUCAGUGAAUGCUGUAACCAAGUUUACACCUUUUGAGCUUUGCACAGGAUACCAGUUUCCUGGACCGACAGCCAGUCUGGAUCUAAAGGGGGACUCUGGAGAGAGGAUCAGGUAUAAACCAUACUAUGAUCAAGUGCAGUGUCUUGUGUCAGCUUUUUCUAAACAGGUGACAGGAGGAGAAGGAGAGGUUAACCAGAACCCGCCCUACACAGCGGAGUGGGUCCUGUUGAAGGUCAUCAAAAGGAAAUGGUCAGAACCUCGGUGGACGGGACCGUCCCGAGUGACAGAGAGGACAUCACAUGUUGUGAGAUUAGAGGGAAAAGGAGACACGUGGUAUCACUGGACGCAGUGUGCUGCAGCUCAAGAUCCCUCAAGGAACUAGAAGGCGAUUAAGAGGAAUGUGUGUAAGGUGGCCUCUGGGAACAGAGGCCAAAAGGGGGAAUGUUGAGUAAAAUUGUUAACAAAAUAAUACAUUAGGAUUAGUUUUAAUAUUAGACUGAAUU